AUGUGUAGGAGCUGCUCAGAAUGCGCACGAAAAAAGAAGAGCUGUGAUGGUAAACGACCUUGUGGGCGCUGUGUGCGAUCAGGCGAUCAAUGCACGUACAGCGAAAGACGGCGGUAUGGCGAACGAGCACGCAUGCGGCAGCAUCAGCCUCAGGGCCCUGAUCGGAAUGGCAUAAAGGCGAAGGACGUUCUGCUUCACUCCACCACCGGCGCACUCGUGACUUCUGGCGUGUUGCCGUUCAAAAGUCACAUUCGGGAGACAAUGGUGAAGAUCAUGUUACCCCCCGCCUCCUCUCAGCAGCCAGUCCUUGGGGACAACUGUGACGAGGGAGAGCGCUACUUCGAAGCAGUCGCUCCGGGGGGCGAUCUGAGCAAGAUCUCUGCAGGAAACCAGCUUGCUAUGGACCCUUCAGCGUGCACGUUCUGGUGUGCGGUUGCUCUCGGGGCGCUCGUGAAGGGUAGCCCGAUCGAAUCGGUGACAAGUUACGCCCAACUGGCAGAAGAAGCGCUUGCCAAUAGCAAUUCCGGUCCCGGAAACGCCGAGGUCGCGAAGGCAUGGGUAAUUCUGGCUAACCUGCACGGCUUUAUGGGAGACAAGGAGCGGUUCGAGAAAUACCUGGCUCUUUCGGGCUCAUUCUUGAGAAGUUCUAUCGAGCAAGGGUCCAUCGAUACCCUUCCAGUGGGUUUCGCCGAGAUCGUCAAGUUCAAAGACAUCGCCAACGUGUCCUGUGGGGAGUGGCAGAUGGAGUCUUUCCCUGUCCAAGGAGAAAACCUUCCUCCUCAGUUAAACGAGGCUGCUACCGAAGCCGAGCUGUAUCGAUACGUCUCUCGAUCUUGCGUAGCGUUUGAGGAGGCGAUCUACACGACCAUGAUCGAGCAGAGCGAGAGUGGCGGCAACGGCCUGUGCGACUCUGAGCCUCAUGGCAGGCCAGGCGGGGUACUACCUCUCCCGGAAGACUUUACGGCUUCUGAUUUCUCUAAGGCUUUGAAGUCGUUGUUGGACGAUGGCGAUGGUAUCGAUUUUGGACCACUUCAAGAAGCCGUGGAUCGAUCAAGCAUUCGUCGGGGGAUCGGCGUUCUUUUCAUCGACGGACCCUGCAUCGUGGAGACGGCGGCGAAGGGCGAUCUGCAUGCCACACGAGAGAGAAUGGGCCGUUGCAUUGAAGUGCUUGAGCGAUAUCCUGGCUUGUGUCGCUGCAUGAUCGGGUGCCACAUGACACACGUGUUGCUGAUGUGUCUCGCAGCGGCCGGCGAUUCGAGUGAUCGCGCGGUGUACGACAGGUUACGGGUGAUUUCGAACUCUUUUCGUCCCCCUGGGUCCCAGCCCGUGCCCUCUUUCGUGGAGUGGCGCGGAGUGGGCGCCUUCUGCGACGAAAUAUUCUGCAGAUCCAUCGAGGUACUCGUCCCCUGCGGGCACAUGAGACCCUUCUUGGAGCCACCCAUCGAAGGCAUCGAUGCCGACUUUGGAACAUCGGCCACUGGCAGCGACAUCGACGAGGGUGCUCCUCAUGGUCACGGAUACACCCAGCGCGAGAGUCUGACGGCCUUCAACAGCAUUCCUGGAAAGAUCAUCGGGACCGCACCCGUGUGGCCUACUGACAGCGGGGUUGAGAGUGACAUCGUGCCAUUUCUGGCACCUAGAGCACAACCCACUUCGCCGAUAUCCUCACGUCAUGCAUUCGGUCAAUCUGAGGCAGGCCUUUACUCCGUGGGUGUUGCCAGGGGGGUCACGACGCCCGAGCCAUCUCUGUUGGGGUUGCUAGAAAGUACUGAGCGAGACAGGAAGCCAGAGGAUACGGGUGAAGAUGGCAUUGUCGAAGAAGAUUGGCUGGAUGCUGCCCAUGCCAUUUCAGAUGCACCGUGUGAUGGCGGAGAUGACACCGGACAGCGUCUCUGGUGAGCCAACGUGGCUGGAGAAAAUGUAGAUUGGUGGGGGAAUCGUAGGCUCAAUUGCUUCCCCUAGGCGUAUGUGUCGUGUGGUCUGGCCCAGCCGUAAUCUGUAGUACUUCCAUUUUCUCUUAUACAAGUGUGUAUAAUCGGGGAAGUGUUGUCACAGACACCGAAAUGUUGCUGUAUUCUCUUCUUCACGUAUUCCAUCCAUGGCACGUGAUAAAUGACGUCAGGGUUGAACAGACUAGCAACAUGUAAAUUGUUUUCGCAGAAUUUCAGUGUAGUGUAUUCCACGCCUUACACCCAAGUACUCACUACCACUGCUGCUGGCUUUGUGUGCCUGGAGCCCCCCAUUCCAGCUGUGUUGGGUAUGUUGGUCUCAGGUGACUCUUAUUGCUGGGCUGUUUACCUGCGCAAUGGAUGCCGGGUGUUUGUAGAGCUUGGGUGCUUCACCUCGGAUGAAUAGGCCUGAUUGUUUGAACAUGCUCAGAUAGUUGCCAGCCGGCAUCAGCUACCUUCGGGGAUGUGUAUGCGGGCAUGGUAAUUGGUGAUUUUGAACCUAUCCUUGUGCAGAACGUUGUUUUGUGGUAUAUCUUCAUCGUUGUCCAACGUCUAGACGGCGGCGCUAUGCUUCGAAGACUGAGACCAUCCUGUACGAGUGUAGGGCAGAUAAAUGUUGCUGUAGAUGCCAUGGUCAUAUCGUCCUACCGUAUCGAGCAACAGUAAUGGGCAUUGCUAUUACGAAACACCAGCGCACCCCCUGCGGGACGAAGUGGAAUUGAGUCCCUCGGCGGUUUUCCUCUCGAACCACGUGCGGCAGACUCAGCGAGAACGAAGGUGAUGAAAGGCUUGCUGGCUGUCGCACGGCUGUUCGCUCACAUGUCAAUGAAUAUCAUUUAUCCGCUAGACUAUCUGGCUUUCUUCCGAGGGUUGAGGCGUGGGUUCGAAUCCCCACACUGUCACACAAACUCGGAUUGGUUCUCGCAUCGUGCUCCACAGGCAACGAGCGACGUAAUUCAUAUCUCGUGUAUUCGCUACACGUUCGACUGUUUUGUCGACAAGGUAAACGUUUCUCGCAUUCAAAAUCAAGGCACGCGCCAGCACACAUUUUACAAACCUUCCUUCU